AUGGCCGACGUGAUGAACCCGGCCAACGUCGAGGCGCCGCAUCUCAAGCGACCCACGCCCAGCUCGGCCAUCGCAAAUGUCGACAGCGUGGCCGGACUGGCGGACUCGGACGAUCAAUAUGCCACGUACAAGAAGCUGCAGCGCCAGUUGGAGUACAUCAAGCUCCAAGAGGAGUACAUUAAGGACGAGCAGCGGAGUCUGAAGCGGGAAUUGGUGCGCGCACAGGAGGAGAUCAAGCGGAUACAGAGCGUGCCGCUGGUCAUUGGACAGUUUAUGGAGGCCAUUGAUCAAAACACUGGAAUUGUGCAGUCGAGCACGGGGAGCAACUACGUCGUGCGCAUCCUCAGCACCUUGGACCGCGAACUGCUCAAGCCCAGUUCCAGCGUCGCCCUGCAUCGACACUCUAACAGUCUGGUUGACAUUCUCCCCCCCGAGGCCGACAGCAGCAUCGCCAUGUUGGGCGCCGAUGAGAAGCCCGAUGUCACCUACGCCGACGUCGGUGGGCUAGACAUGCAGAAGCAGGAGAUUCGCGAGGCCGUCGAGCUGCCCCUCACCCAGUUCGACCUCUACAAGCAGAUCGGUAUCGACCCCCCUCGUGGUGUGCUCCUCUACGGUCCUCCGGGAUGUGGCAAGACGAUGCUGGUUAAGGCCGUGGCGAACAGCACCACCGCCUCCUUCAUCCGUGUCGUCGGCUCCGAAUUCGUGCAAAAGUACCUAGGAGAAGGCCCACGGAUGGUGCGCGAUGUCUUCCGCAUGGCGCGAGAGAACAGCCCGGCCAUCAUCUUCAUCGACGAAAUCGACGCCAUUGCCACGAAGCGAUUCGACGCGCAGACGGGUGCYGAUCGCGAGGUCCAGCGUAUCCUCCUCGAACUCCYCAACCAAAUGGAUGGUUUCGACCAGACAUCCAACGUCAAGGUCAUCAUGGCCACCAACCGUGCCGAUACCCUCGAUCCCGCCCUCCUCCGUCCCGGUCGUCUGGACCGAAAGAUUGAGUUCCCCAACCUUCGUGACCGUCGCGAGAGACGUCUGAUCUUCUCCACCAUCGCCUCGAAGAUGAGCUUGUCGCCUGAAGUGGACAUGGACUCGUUGAUUGUGCGCAACGACCCGCUUUCAGGCGCAGUCAUCGCUGCGAUUAUGCAAGAGGCGGGGUUAAGAGCGGUGCGCAAGAACAGAUACAACAUCAUCCAGCAGGAUCUUGAGGAUGCCUAUACCAGUCAAGUCAAGGGGGCCAGUGAGGCGGACAAGUUCGAUUUCUACAAGUGA